GGUGGCCCUCCUUGGUCUCAUGCUGAUCUUGGAGUUUGGGAUUCUGGGCUUCUGUCCUUCACGGGAGGCAGCUGGACUAGAGGUUCUACAGGGGCCGGAGGGUCAGGUCUGGUGGGAGUUGUUCUCCAUCGUGGUGUUCGGCUCCAUCGUGAACGAGGGCUACCUCAACAGCGCCUCGGAGGGUGAGGAGUUCUGCAUCUACAACCGCAACCCAAACGCCUGCAGCUAUGGUGUGACCGUGGGCGUGCUGGCCUUCCUCACCUGCCUGCUCUACCUGGCCCUAGACGUGUACUUCCCACAGAUCAGCAGCGUUAAGGACCGCAAGAAGGCUGUCCUGUCCGACAUCGGUGUCUCGGCCUUCUGGGCCUUCCUCUGGUUCGUGGGCUUCUGCUUCCUGGCCAACCAGUGGCAGGUCUCCAAGCCCAAGGACAACCCGCUGAACGAAGGGACAGACGCAGCCCGGGCCGCCAUCGCCUUCUCUUUCUUCUCUAUCUUCACUUGGGCAGGCCAGGCUGUGCUGGCCUUCCAGCGGUACCAGAUUGGCGCCGACUCGGCCCUCUUCUCCCAGGACUACAUGGACCCCAGCCAGGACUCCAGCAUGCCUUAUGCGCCCUACGUGGAGCCCAGCACUGGGCCGGACCCCGCCGGCAUGGGCGGCACCUACCAGCAGCCAGCCAACGCCUUCGACGCCGAGCCCCAGGGCUACCAGUCGCAGGGCUACUGAGCCACAGUGACCGCCUGCCCCCCCCUCCCGCCUGCCCCUACCCCUUCCACCUCCUGCCCCCUCCACACCCAGCCCCCUGCUCCCUCCCAGGCUGCCCUGCGUGGCACCUCACCAGCCUCUGAGUUGUCCCACUGAGGUCCAGGUAGCUCGGGGCGAGGGUGGAGCAGUCAGAUGUUGGGGGCGUGUCUACAUGUGUGUGCAAGUGUGUUCCGGGGCAUGUGCCAGCAGAGACCUGAAGGGUGGGGGCCCGGGGUGUUUGCAUUCAUUCAUUGUGUCAUCAAGUCUUCAUUGAGCACCUACUGUGUGCUGGGCCUCUGCUCAGGUGAAAGAGGCAGAAAUAGUCCCUGGAAAGGGGAGAGAUGAGAUUUGAGGGAGGCCCUGUCGGUGCCAGAGUCAGGAAUGGUGGGGAGGACAGACCCAGAUGAUGUGACUCGGUCAUAGGGCAGAUGUGAACACUGCAGUACACUGGGGACUGUCACUACCAGAGCCCUCUUGGCAGUCCUGCUAGGAGUAUCAGGGCUGUGUCCAUUUUAUGGUUGAGGGAACCGAGGUCUAGAGUGUUCGCAGUCACUCACCCAGGGUCUCUCAGGCAGCUAGUGAUGAAGGCAGGCCGAGCCAGGUUGCCUAGCUGCAGUGUGCCUGCUCUUCCCUGGCCUCCCGCCACCCUGUCCCUGAGCUUGGGGCUCCACCGCUCAGUGUUACUGUCAUUCUGGGAGGCCAUGGGGACCUCGGCCCCAGGAGACACCCUGAUUCUGCUGCAAGCCAAGGGCCUGUCCUACCGCAGCUGCUCCCCCUCCCCCCAGGACAGCCCUGUCUCUGGGUCCCCCUACCCGUGUCCCCACUCGCCCCUCCCCUAGGCCUUGGCCUUCUGGGAGAAGGUUUGUUUCUGGGUGAAAUGCUCUGUGUUCUAGUGUCCUAUGGGGAGCUCAUUCUGGGGAGCCCCAGCAACCCCCCUUGCGGCCUCCCAAAGGGCUGAUCACUGUCCCUCCUCUAGGAGGGUUUCCUGAGCUCCCGCCUAGGGUGGGUGGACAUCGAGGCCCAGAUGAGGGUGUCUGUCCCAAGGUCACAGUGAGCAAGUGGCAAAGCUGGGCGUGCUGCCCAGAGUUC